GUUAUAGCUACGCAUAAUAAUAAUGAAAAAAAAAUCCUUAAACUCAAAUAAUAUUCCUUUUCUCAUUAACAUAUCGACAGACACAGCCUACUGUGUCUACAGGAUUGUAGUGUGUAUGUGUGAUACCACCACGGCCACGUACGCAGCGGUAGUAGCGUAGUGGUCGGCGACCGUAGUGCCGUUAUCACUGUGACAUCGCCUUGUACGUUACAUUUCAAGUUGUGCUCUAUGGAUUUUAUUUAUGCUAAUUUUAUGUACGUUUUUAUCCGACCUAUGUCAUCGGGAACAAGAAUCCCAACGUGACCGCGUCGUCGCUUUCACCUGAACUACGGUACUACGGCAGUAAUUUCUCCGCUAUUCGAAAACCGCUGCCGUCGACAUGAAUCCGUUCGUCGAUCUCUUCCACCGGGUCGCCAUGCUGGUCCUCACACCCAAAUGCUAUCAAGUGUUCUUUUACGAUAUGGACUUUUUUAACGGUAAGUCCGGCAACACGUCUGGAUGACAACAGCGUAUUGUUUUGUUCCGUACUAUAGUUAAAUAGGUAGGCAUAAAAAUAUAAUGUUAUGUAGGUACCUAUAGUUAUUGUACUAUAUAAGUACCUAAAUUAUUAUACGUAGACUUGAGUGUAUCCAAAAUAUUCGGUGCCUAUAUUUUAUUUUUCUAGCUUGUAUGUCAAUUAUUAGCGGAUUCUAUGAGAUUGUUUUUUAAUUUCUUAUUGCCAAAAUUCCCCAACUCAAAUGUAUACAGAUUUGUUUGAUGUACGAUUAUGAUCUAUUCAAUAAAGUUUAUUUAUCUCAUGUAAUACAUUCUUGCCUUUUAAUAUUUAGUCAAAAACAGUCGGGUAUUUCAACUUUUAAACCGUAUAAACUAACUUGUCUGGGUAUCCAUAAGAUUUUGUCUGAUAUCGUUUCAUGUCCCAAAUCAAGGGGUAGCUAGAAAUUUCAUCGGGGGGAGGGGGAGGGGGUCAACCAAUAAUCAAGACAUGUUAAGUGUUAUUUUUUAAGUAUCGGUAUUCCUUAUUUUUAUACCUAGAUACAUGUAAAAUUUUUAUCAUACUAUUCAUUAUAAAUUAUAACAUGAAAUACCUAAAUCUAAUAAAACAUUAAUAAUAAAUUUGUAUUGUAUUUUAAAUCAGUGCAAGUCUUUAUAAAUCUUCAGCAAUUAUAUUUAAUAUUGCUUCAUGAAAUUCAUGAAAAAAACAAAUAUACAAAGACCUGAAACAUGUAUAUACAAGCAAAGUUUACAUUUUUAUAGAAAAUUGGGAAUUUUCUUAUGUUUUUAAUUAUUUAAUAAUAUACCAUAACAUUCAAACAAUUUUCUAUCAUAAUUGAACAUAGCCAUGUCUUGACUCUCCUCAAGAUAAUAAAGGAUCUUUUGAUAAUCUUUUUUGUGCGUGGUUGUGCUAAGGAAAUAAAAAAAGAGUAUGUUUUAUUGCACGAAAAAAAAACCUGUUAUAUGACCACAACACCCAAUUCUACUGCUUCGAGUUCUUUAUUAGUUGAUUACUAAAACUUUGGAAGUUGUAAAAAUCAACAAAAAUUUUUGUUUUCUUCUUGAAAUUUAAAAAAAUCAUGUUUAACAUAUUUGCUGGGUGUAAUAAAAACAGUGGAAAUGCGAAUAUAUUCACCUUGAACUUUCAAAGUUAUACACGUAAUAUUAAAAUAUUCUAGACUGAUUGAGUUAUUCCCAUGAUGGGCACAAGAAUAACAAAUUAUUUUAAAGCUAAUAGAAAAUUUGCCCCAAUUUAAAAUGAAAUAUAUUUCUUAGCUAAGAAGAGAGCUUAACAGAGAGGCUAAACUGGCUAUGCUAUUAUUUUUAAAUUUAAUAUUUAUUUAUUUUCAAAGAAUGAUUCAUUGAUAACAUAAUGAUUUCUGUUUAAAUACUACAAAAUUAAUUUUCGUAACAGAUAUACUUCACUUAAAGAAGGUGUAAACUUAAUACCUACCUAUUUUGUAUUAUUAUUAUUAUUUGUAUAACUUCUAAAAUCAAUAAUAUAAAAAUUUAAUUAAUACUAGAAAUAUUCUUGUUUUCCUGGUUUCCCUCUUUAAUAAGAGAACAAAGAAAAUUAAAAGACUUCCUCACUUAUGCACCAACUAGACAAAAUUUGAUACCAAAAACCAUUUGGUGAAGUUGACAAUUCCUGAGUGAAAUUCCUGGUUGAAAUUUAUUUACAACCAGAAAAAAACAUUGACAUUGUCAUCACAGUUAAACUAAUAGAUUAGGUUGGUUAGCUCCAAAUCUAAAAUCUAAUAAGUAGUUCAUUAUUCUUAUAUAUUAUUUACCUUUAUUUACUAUAAUAACUGUUUAAUAAUAUGCAGUUGACAACAACUAAAUUAUUAUUAUUUAAUCUGGGUUUUUUUUUUUAUCUAUUUUUCAGUUGUUUGUUUAAGAUCUGCUCUCAGUAAAGGUCUUGGAUAUGGAAUUGUUGGAGGUGCAUUAAUGGGUAAAUUUAUUACUAUUACUUUUUAUUCUUAUUUAUUAUAUAAUACAAAUAAAUUACACGCAAUUUUUUUUCAGUUAAAUUGCCACAAGUUUUUAAAAUAUGGAACAGCAAAAAUGCAGUUGGUAUAAGUUUAAUUAAUGUUAGUAUGGAUCUAUUUGCUGUUACUGCAAAUGUAGUAUACAGCUAUACGAGUAGUUUUCCUUUCAGGUAAUUGAGUGAUUUAUAUUUAAAACAUUUUUGUUUUUUUCAUAAUAAUUUUAUUUUUGUUUACAGUGCAUGGGGAGAUUCAUUAUUUAUACUUUUCCAAACAUUAUGCAUAGUGAUAUUAGUUUUAUGCUAUAAUUUGUCAAAAAAAGUUGCUAGUUUUUUCUUAGCUAUUUAUUGUUCAUUGCUGUUAUUUCUUAUAUCUGAUAUUGUUCCGGUUUCAUUCCUUUGGAAUGCACAAUUCAUCAGCAUACCUCUAAUGUUCUUUGGCAAGGUAUAUUUUAUCUUAACUUCAAAAUAUUAACUAUAAUGCACCUAUUUUAUAUACCAUAUUAAUUUUAAUUUAUUCUAUAGAUGGCCCAAGUUUAUAUCAAUUUCAAAAACAAAAGCACUGGACAAUUAUCUAUGGCAACAUGCGCUCUUCUGUUUUUGGGAUCGUUUAUCCGUGUUUUCACAUCUAUUCAAGAAACAGGAGACAGUCUUUUAAUAUGGAGUUUUAUUUUAGCUUCUUUUGCAAACUUUAUAAUUGUUACUCAAUUUUAUUGCUUUAAGUCAGGAUCACCUAUUAAAACUAAAAAGAAAUCAAAAAAGAAUAAAAAAAACUAAUGGGAAUAUUUUAUAGUGUUACAUCAACAAUUUGCCAUAUUUUUAAUUGUCAGUUACGUAAAGUAAUGUAAAAAAACAGUGGGUACAGUUAUUUGAAAAUGAUAAGAACCAUUUUCAGUAAUGUGCCCUGGUCCUAUAUUAAUACAAUGCACACAAAAUGAAAGCCUACCUAUGUGGUUUUGCAUAACAAAUCUGUAUUUAUUUUGAAUUCAUUUCCUCCGCAUUUGCUUGCUUCUUUGGUUUGCCUAAAGCCUCAGAUAAUUUAAUUUUACAUUAAAAUAUUACAAAUUUAAAUAUAGGUAUAGAAACUAUUCUCUCCAACCAUUAUUAUUUAACCUUAUCGUUUUUGAAGAACUGUACCCUCUGUACAUUUCUGUAAAAAUAUAUGACCAUUGCUUAAAAAAUGUGUAAAGUUUUUAUCUUAUUGUAUUAAAAUGUACUUACAGCAUAGAUUAAGUGUGUCAACACCCUUGAAAUUUUUAAAAUUGCACGAACAUUUUCCCUUUGAAAACAAUAUUUGGGCCAUCAUUUAGUAGGGUACACUUAGUAAAUGGGUGUUCAAAAUCUAUUAUGUAUUUAAAUUAUCUACAAAAUACAUGCAUAUGCCUUUCUGUGAUUUUUAAAUUGUAACUUAUUGCUUAUAAAUUAUAAUACUGUCUUAGAAUUUUUUAAAGUUAAAGAAAAAAAAUAAUUCUUCGAAAAAUUGUUUUAGCUAUUAAUACUGAAAAAAAAAUAAAUAUGUAUAGAUAUUAUUUUUUUAUUUAAAAUAUAUUGUGAAUCCCUUGAAUUAUUAAAUUAUUAUGGUUUAAAAUUGUAUAUAAAUCCUACAAAUUAGAGAUUAUUCCAAAUUGUAUUGUGUAUUUUAUUUAAACUUAGUUAAUUGUUUCUAAUUUGUAAGUUAUUAAAGUAUUUAAAUUCAAUAUAAUAGUUGUUUAAAAAUAUGUACUUUUUUUAUUAUUCAUUGUUUAUAAUUAUAUUAUAUCAUUGACACUAAUUAUGAAGUAAACUAUUUUAGUAAUAUUUUGGUUUAAGUACCCCAUAGGUACUAACUCCAGUAUAAACGAUUUUACCUUUCUGAAAUAUUGAACUUAUUGUGCACCCAAUGAUGAAUAUUCUUCCAAUAUUUUCACAUUUGUCCAGUUUUUUGUAUUCCAUCUCAGAACUUCGCAUUCAUUUUUUAUGUUUAGUGCGAAACUGGCACAUGAACUAUUCAACACAAUUUUGG